CUCUAUGGUUUCUGGUGUUUGCUGCACCGCUCACCGAAUUUCAGUAGUUGGAAAAGGCAAGUCACACUUUUGAUUACUUGGAAAAUGGGUUUCAUCUUUCUAUUAUAAAGUGUUUGAAAAUUGUAUUGAAAAUGAGCGCUUUUGAACCGCUAGAGCCCUCACUUCAAAAUGUUAUCGACCAGACUUCCUUGAAAUGGAUUUUCGUCGGUGGUAAAGGCGGUGUCGGAAAAACAACUUGCAGUUGCAGUUUGGCGGUACAACUGGCGAAAGUCCGUGACAGCGUCUUAAUCAUCUCGACAGAUCCGGCUCACAACAUUUCCGAUGCCUUUGAUCAAAAGUUUUCCAAAGUACCCACGAAAGUGAAGGGUUUUGACAAUUUGUUUGCGAUGGAAAUUGAUCCCAACGUGGGCUUUAACGAGCUACCUGAGGAAUAUUUCGAGGGUGAUGCGGACGCAAUGAAAAUGAGCAAAGGUGUAAUUCAAGAGAUUAUCGGAUCAUUCCCCGGUAUAGAUGAGGCGAUGAGCUAUACUGAAGUCAUGAAGCUGGUGAAGAGUAUGAAUUUUUCGGCCGUAGUCUUUGAUACCGCACCCACCGGUCACACUUUACGCCUACUAUCGUUUCCGCAAGUCGUGGAGAAGGGCCUUGGAAAUCUUUUACGUCUAAAACUAAAAGUCUCACCUUUAAUUACACAACUAAGCGGACUUUUGAGCAUGAACGACUUUAAUGCUGAUACAUUUACGUCCAAAAUGGAAGAGAUGUUGAGUAUAAUACGUCAGGUGAACGAACAAUUUAAGGAUCCAGAGCAAACUACGUUCGUCUGUGUUUGUAUUGCGGAAUUUCUUUCUCUGUACGAGACCGAACGAUUAGUACAAGAACUGACCAAAUACAAAAUAGAUACCCAUAAUGUUGUUGUGAAUCAGCUGUUGUUUAAGAGCCCCACUGAAACACCGUGCAGAAUGUGUUUGGCACGGUACAGAAUUCAAGAGAAAUAUUUGGAUCAGAUUAAUGAUUUGUAUGAAGAUUUUCACGUGACAAAGUUGCCUUUACUUGAACGAGAAGUUCGAGGUACCGAGCAAGUGUGCGCAUUCUCUGAAAAUUUAGUGAGACCAUAUAAACCGUGCUAAUUACUUAUGUAUUUUGUUUUAUUAAUAUAAAGGGUACAAUUAUUAAAUCUUUAGAACAACUUUA